UAAAUUUCCGGCGCCGCCGUGCAGGGGUUCCCAGGACCUGCGCGCAGCCCCACCUGGCCGAACCGUACGCAGCAGCCAUGCUCUCCGUCCGCGUCCCGCUCGCCACCAUCGCUGACCCGCAGCAGCAGCAUCCCCUCCAGCUCUCGCCUAUGAAGGGGCUCAGCCUGGCAGACAAGGAGAACACUCCCCCGUCCCUCAGCGGGACCCGCGUGCUGGCCAGCAAGACCGCGAGGAGGAUCUUCCAGGAGCCCGCCGAGCCGCAGAAGCCUAAGCUAUCUGCCCCCAGUGUGGAGGAUGAACCACUUCUGAAAGAAAACCCCCGCCGCUUUGUCAUCUUUCCUAUCGAAUACCAUGAUAUCUGGCAGAUGUAUAAGAAAGCUGAGGCUUCCUUUUGGACAGCUGAGGAGGUGGACCUUUCCAAGGACAUUCAGCACUGGGAAGCCCUGAAGCCUGAGGAGAGAUAUUUCAUUUCGCAUGUUCUGGCUUUCUUUGCAGCAAGUGAUGGCAUAGUAAAUGAAAACUUGGUGGAGCGGUUUAGCCAAGAAGUUCAGAUUACGGAAGCCCGUUGUUUCUAUGGCUUCCAAAUUGCCAUGGAAAACAUACAUUCUGAAAUGUAUAGUCUCCUCAUUGACACUUACAUUAAAGAUUCCAAAGAAAGGGAAUUUCUCUUCAACGCCAUUGAGACAAUGCCUUGUGUAAAGAAGAAGGCAGAUUGGGCCUUGUGCUGGAUUGGGGACAAAGAAGCUACGUAUGGAGAACGUGUUGUAGCCUUUGCCGCAGUGGAAGGAAUCUUCUUUUCUGGUUCUUUUGCAUCGAUAUUCUGGCUCAAAAAACGAGGACUGAUGCCCGGCCUCACAUUUUCCAAUGAACUUAUUAGCAGAGACGAGGGUUUACACUGUGACUUUGCCUGCUUGAUGUUCAAACACCUGCUACACAAACCUUCGGAGCAGAGAGUCAAAGAAAUAAUCGUCAACGCAGUUAGGAUAGAACAGGAGUUCCUCACGGAGGCCCUGCCAGUGAAGCUCAUUGGGAUGAACUGUGCUUUGAUGAAGCAGUACAUCGAGUUCGUGGCAGACAGACUUAUGCUGGAGCUGGGGUUUGACAAGGUUUUCAGAGUAGAAAAUCCAUUUGACUUUAUGGAGAAUAUUUCACUGGAAGGGAAGACUAACUUCUUUGAGAAGAGAGUAGGCGAGUAUCAGAGGAUGGGAGUGAUGUCCAGUCCGACAGAGAAUUCCUUUACCUUGGAUGCUGACUUCUAAGUGAACUGAAGAUGUGCUCUUAUUUUGCUGAUUUUUCUUUUUUUUCCUUCUCAUCAAAAGAGAAAAAAAAAUCAGCUACUUGAACUGUAUUAACCAGCUACACCAUAAAUCUCCCAUAAAGUUCAUUAAUGGCAUGUUUAAAACUGUGUAGCUACCUCAAAGUCAAUCCUGUUAAUGCUAGUGGGGUCACCUAGAUUGAAAGUGUAGACAGAAGCUACUCGGAUUCUUACGAAAGAUCUUGUCCCUGUUUGGCGCUUGCAAGCAGGCUGGCUGUACACGACUUCCCCCUGGCUCUUAACAGCACCUUCCUUGGCCUCAAAGUGUGGGGAGGCGAGCGAGUUUGAUCCAGCAGGAUUAAACAGUUACUGCCACAAGGCAGUAGGAAGACCUCAGACUCACUGCUGCAGAUUUUAAAGCAGAUUUUAAAGUUUACUUACGAUUUGUAUAUAAAACUGGCACUUUACACACAAAUAAACAUAGUUUUUACUGUCAGGGUGAAGGCUUGAUUUAACCUAAAUUUGUUGGUUCCUACACCAAAUACAAAAGUAUUCUGUUUACCACUAACGGGAGCCAAUUCAAGAUUUACUAGGUGAUCAAAGUAGGUUAAAACUGUAAACUAAGGGUGU